AUGAGCCGGCCCUCGUCAGCCGGCGGCGGCGGCGGUGGCGGAGGAGGCGGGGGCGGCGGCGGCGGAGGAGGCGGCGGCGGCGGCGGCAAAGCGGGCAAACACACCACCACGGCGGCCGCGGUGGCGGCGGCGGCGGCGGCCGCGGCGGCGGGAGGCAACCCCGGGGCGGCCGCGGCGGCGGCGGCGGCCGCGGCGGCGGCGGGAGGAGCCACCCCGCCUCAGCCCGAACUGACUUCCCUCUUCGAGUGCCCCGUCUGCUUCGACUAUGUGCUGCCGCCCAUCCUGCAGUGCCAGGCCGGGCACCUGGUCUGCAACCAGUGCCGCCAGAAACUGUCCUGCUGCCCGACCUGCCGGGGCCCGCUCACCCCGAGCAUCAGGAACCUGGCCAUGGAGAAGGUGGCUUCCACCAUCCCCUUCCCCUGCAAGUAUGCCUCAGCUGGAUGUCUCUUGUCUUUGCACCACACGGAAAAGCCAGAACAUGAGGAGGUGUGUGAAUUCCGCCCGUACACAUGCCCUUGCCCGGGAGCCUCCUGCAAAUGGCAAGGAUCACUGGAAGCCGUCAUGCCUCACCUCAUGCAUGCACACAAAAGCAUUACAACCCUGCAAGGAGAGGACAUAGUAUUCCUGGCAACUGACAUCAACCUUCCUGGUGCUGUGGACUGGGUCAUGAUGCAAUCCUGCUUUGGUCACCACUUUAUGCUCGUGCUGGAGAAACAGGAGAAGUACGAGGGCCACCAGCAGUUCUUUGCCAUCGUUCUUCUCAUAGGCACUCGGAAGCAAGCUGAAAACUUUGCCUACAGACUGGAACUGAAUGGAAACCGCAGACGCCUCACGUGGGAGGCCACCCCAAGGUCUAUCCAUGAUGGGGUAGCAGCAGCAAUCAUGAAUAGUGAUUGCUUAGUCUUUGAUACCUCUAUAGCCCAUCUUUUUGCAGAUCACGGGAACCUGGGUAUUAAUGUUACAAUAUCAAUGUGCUGACUUGCAUUGUUAUAAUACCGCAGUUUACACAUAACAAUAGAAUGUUUUUUGAGUCAGAGGAAACAGUAGGCAGAAGAAUGCAGUUCUAUAUACUUUAAGCACCUUGCCUGUGUAAUUGGUGCAAGCCCUUUUGACUGCUCCAUGCGUGCAUGUGAUGGAAUGUAAUGAAGGCAUGCUCAGCACGUGGCUCCAAGCCUGACUAAAAGAAGAUGGAAACAAUAUCACCAAAAUCGAUCCAAUUUUAAUGCAGCUGUUUUAUAAGUGAAAAGUGAUUCAACCUUGUUUUUUUUAAAGGAAAAAAAAACAGAAGUCUUGUUUUCCUGUUUCAUGUCUCUUGUAAGUUCAUAUUACUUGAGCGGAGUUAUUCAAGCUAUAUUUAUAUACGGGUCCAGUGUAUAGAACUACAUUAUACGCCACAACAGUACUUAAAAAUGCAAAGCCAGUAGACGCUUGUGCCUAUCUUAAUAUGCUUCAGGAGAGCAGUAUCUCAGUAGCUACUUAUUAUUUAUGAACAUCAAUAAUGUUGAGCCAUGGAAUGCAGUUGAUCUCUCUUCAUUGCCAUGGCAAAAUGGGGUUGUUUGAAAUUUUCUUUUGGGUAAAAGGUGUGGUGUAACGUUGUGACGAGCAGAAUUGAGGAUUCCCAUUAGUCUACACAGUUGUGGAUAAAUCUAGCUCCAUCACCAUCCACUGCAGUGUUUUUUUAAAAAAAUACUUUGUAAUCCCAAUAGUACCUGUAUAUCUAUUGAAUGAUUUUUUUUAAAAAUAGAAAACCUGACUAUAAAUCAGUUGUGUAAAUAUUGAUUUCAGUCUCACAUUUUUGGGUACUGUUUUCAUUAUUUGUGUUUCUGAAACAUGUGAGAGAAGUUGCUAUACUAUGUGGAGUGGACACAGGCACAUUGCUCAGCUGCUAGACUGCACAGGCACAGGUUUCAGUGAUUGAAAUGUAUCUUUUUUCCACAAAAGAAAUUCUAGAGAAAUUGUGUAGAGCCAGUCAGUAUUUAUUCUUUAUGAUAAAUUACAGCUAAUAGCAAUAACGUGAGCUUGCUGACUUAUAAAUGAUACUGAGUACAGCAUUACUCAAAGCAUUGUUUAAAUCACAUUUUUAUGUUGGAUUUGAAUUGAACGAACAUGCUAGUGGAACACUAAAGAACCAAGGAAGCGAUGAACUAUUACAUUCUUGUGAACGGGAGUAAUUAUGUACCUUAGUUAAUUGUGCUCAGAGUAGUCGGGGCUGGUCUCAAUUUUCAGUAUAACAAACUGGGCUAAAAAAAAAGAUCUUGAUUUCCCAUCUCUACCAAGAAAAGAUUAACCUGUUAUAUCCCACCUACCCGAGGCUCAAUGAAGUCUUUCAGCCUAGAAAAUUGGAGAAAUAUAUGGCUCUUUGAAGGGUUUUGUAUCCAGAGCACACAUGACCUCAGUAGUUUCUCCAUUACUGUUGUGUUUGGACGCACAUGCUCACAUGGUCUUCUAUCCUACGAAACCCAGGAAACUGGGUUUCCAUCUUGACAAGGUUUGAAGUUGUUGCCUCAUUAUCCUCAAUAUAGAAAUGUACUUCAAAAUGAAAUGCUUAUUCGAAAACAGUAACCCUGACGAGUUCAGAGAGUCCUUCAACGCAUUUGCUCCUUCCUACCAUAUCAUUCUAGGUGACUUUCCCACUGAGAUGUGAAAUUGUAAGUUCUUACAUCACCACUACUGGUAGUGAUGGUGGUGAAUUAAUUCAUUUACAUCCGACUACUGUGGAUAUGGGAAGAAUAGAGGAAGAUAUCUCCCCAAAGUCAACACCAGUGGUUAGGUUUGCUUAAUGCAGCCUGAUUGUACAUGAUCAUAUAGCCCUUCUAGAUGAUUUAAACGACUGCUGACCAACCUGCUAAGUCAACUUGUUGAUGUGCCCCGGACUACUGUCAAUGCCUCCUUCACCAAUGAUCGAUGCUAGCACUCACACAUCACAUCAGUUAGUGUCCCAAUUACUUGCAUUUUAGAAUUCUCCAAGUUUAGCUAUUAAAGAUGAUGGGAAGUGGAAAGCUAUUUGCACCUCCUUCAUCAUUAGAUGUCUUGAUCUUAUUUGUAUUUAAAAACAGUGAUUACAAUAUCAUUUUGAUUGUUGACUGACUACUCACCUAAGAGGAGGCUUAUUGUAAGCUUGGUAUCUGCUUUCCCCUGGGGAAAAUUGCAACUAGCAACCUCUCGUGCCUUCUAAGGUUUGAUUUCAAAUUGUAAGGUGUGAAACCACUUUUUGCUCAUCUCUCUCCAGGCCCGCAACUCAAAAGCUGGCAAUUCCUUUGCACCAAGCCUGCCACUUGGCAAGAAAUAGCAUAAAAUGUUUUCGGGUGUGUUCGACAGUGGUUGGUAUGAAGUUGCACUAUUUCAUAAAUUCAUCAAUGAUCCUCGGCUUCAGAUGCUAGCAAUGGCUCUGAUAUAAGCUCCAAUUAUAUAUGCAUCAGGGCAAUGAAACUUCAUUACCACACAGUGAUCUGCUUGCAAUAAUGUGUUAGCUCAGGAUAUUGGCAAUUGACCUGCCCUUUUGUACUUGGAACUUGGUGGGAGAUGAAAGGGGGAAAAGUGGACCAAAAAUUUCACCAAAACAAGUGGCAGGAUAAUUCUUAAUUCAAGUGGGGAUAAACUUAAGAAUUAAGAAAGAGCUUUCUCACCCUCCCAUCCCAGCAGUUUUAUAGACAGUAGGUUAUGACAACUUUUUUUUGGGUGGGGGGGGGUGGAUAGAAGAGGAAAUGAGGUAAGAGAGGUGUUGCAAUCCCAGGCUACCAAGUACAUGUUUCAUGAUUGGGAGUGAAUUUGAGUUUGAUUCCUUUCACUUUGUAUUCACAGCACAAUCAGCCCAUUGACUUGGUGUUUAUGUAUCAGCCAAACGAUGCCCUUACGAGAUGCUGCUGUCAGCUUAACCUAUAUUCCAAAAGAAUUCACCCAGUGGAAGCCGCCUACGUUUGCUUUUGGGUUCACAUAUUUUUCCCCAAAUAUUGACUGGAUUAUUUUGGUAAAUUUGCUGGAAGUGACUUCAAAGACCCUCUAUCAGAAUGGUGCAAAUGUUUUGUUACUGGGUCUCCAGCCACAUGGGGUAAGGAAGUAGUGGAAGCUUUAAAGUACAUUGACCCAUACUGGACAGGAACCUGAUUUCAGGCUCCUGAUACUGAUGAUAGCCACUGCCUUUAGGAUUCCAGGUGAGUUGCUUUCUGUGCAGCUCUCCCAACUCCAGUGGCCAAAAGCAAUAUCGUUCUGUUACUUUACCAGUCUCUGACCAUUCCUACGAUUCUUCUUUGUGAGCCAGGCAACAUCUGGCCUUGGCAGUCAUCCAUCCGACACACCAACCAAAUGGACCAGAGAGCAGCGCAUCUGUCUUUUCAACUUGCGUUGCCCAGUGAGCAAAACCAGCAGCUCUCCUAAUGACAGACUCCACUGCAGUGAUCUGAUUUAUCGUCCCAAUCGGGGUAGCAGGAGAAGAGCAGUAACGUGGUUGAAGCCUCGGCUUUGACGUCCUGGAGAGAACAGUGAUGCCAUAGGCAUUGUAGGGUUGCUAUCACAAUAUCUGGCAGAUAUAGAAAAACAAUGAUUCUCUCCUCCAGCAGCAUCACCCUGCCCCCACCCCACCCCCAUAUUGUCUCCUCCUGUAUCUUCCCCUCCCCCAGUAGACAUUUUAUAAUGAUUCUCCAUAAUCUUGGGGGACUUCAGUGAAAGCACGUUGGGUGUAUUCAGUUGGUUUUGAGAUUGUAAUAUCCUGAUAUAAGCUGAUCAGCAGGUACAUCCUGCUCUUCACUUUGCUAGCGGGGCAACACUGAAGGCCUGCACGGCUAUUGCUGCCUGUGCCCGCUUCUGGAAGUAACUAGAGUAAAUGACAGACCUUCAAGUACUAUUUAAACUUCACUGAACGAUAGAGGGGUCUAUACCUCUGCCUAGCAUGAUCUUUUUAUAUUAACGUGGGAGGGCUUUUCUCGCGUUUUUAAAUAGUUGUGUUAUUAACGAAAGCAUAUUCCAUAUUUUGCCGUUCUUCCUAUCAGCUGAUUUGUGGGGCUUCUGUUUUGGUGUUUUUCAGGUAGGUUUGCUGCAUUCUCUUGGAGGUUUGAAAGAUGUAACCUAUGCAGCCAUUGUUAUCUUUUAAUAUCCAAUACUUUUAAUUGAUUUCAAAAACGUUCGGUGAUCUGGUUUUAAUGAGUUUUAUAAUUCCUUUUCUUGUCCCCCAAUGUUUUGAAAUUCUUGGCAGAGUUUCAUACUCGAGUGAAAUAUAAAGAAAAAUGGGCAUCGUUUGAUACGAUAUCUAUGGAUAUUUGCAGUGUAGCAUGGGGGAUAGUCAGCCUAUCCUUCCAAUCUUUCAGACCGAAAAUAGAACACUGGUUUCAUCUGACCAUACGUUGAGUAUCAACUUUGGUUGAAAGACUGACAGGUGACCAGCAGCUAGCUACCCAAGGAGGCAUUUUAGUUUUAUAGGGACAAUAGCAAGAGAAGACUGUGUCCUAGGUCAUAGUCUCUUACUUUGGUUGUAUGAUUUAGCUUGCCUCAAUACUUGAAAUACCUUCAUGUAAAUAUAACUGAGUUUAUUAACCUUCCCCUUCCCAGGCACUGAUCAAGAAUAACCCAACUAAGACCUAACAAUAAUAACAAUACUAGUUUAGUAAUUAUUCCACCUUGCCAAGGUAAAAUCUUUAAAAUAUACCCAACUGAUUCAUACAGAACACCAGUCGAUGUAGCGUAUCGCUUAAAUCCGUGAAAAUAGUUGGCAAAUCAGUGCUCAAUUUUGUGUACAAUAACAUUUUCAAAAUUAGGAGUGACCUACUUAGUUCAGCCAUUGAGGAAAAUGCUGAAUUUAACCAGGGUGAAAAAACAAAUGAGAAUGUCCUCAGUACAGUUGAGUUUUUCUCUGUUACAGCAAGCAGCACAUUGAGUAUAAUUAGUCUGAAAUCAAAACCCAGCAGAGGGGCCUAUUGCUUUGAAUUUUGUCAAACAAGGUAGUUUAUACUGUAUGAGUUUUUAAUUACUUUUUGUAAUUAAGCUAAUGUGCAUUUUUGAAUUCAGAUACUGUGGAUUUCCUGUUGAGCAGGUGUUAACGUUUGUAUUGUACGCGUUUUUUUUCCCCAAUUUUUGUUUUCUAUAUUUGUGUUCCUAUAUUGCCACGUUUUCUUUCUGUGUACGUUUCGCUGUACUGAACAAAGAAAUAGUUCUCUGUUGAGAAAAAAAUGUUUAAUUCUUGUUGUUAUUAUGAAUGGCUGUUAAAACACAGUAAAGCCUAGUUUUGAAGUAACCACUUUUUUAAAAUGAGGAUGACUGUUCUGUACUAGUAUAAAGUAAUCUGUUUCUUGUUUUAUUUGCUCUGUAUCACAAUUGCAACAAAUUAAAACUAUUUACAUGGA